AAAUUGUUAUGGAUGAUCUUUAUUAAACAGAAAUUAGACAUAGAUAUCAUUCUUCAAUGACAUAUUAAGAAUAUUUAGAUAGCCAUGAUUAAUCACCUCCUACUCCUAAAUUAAUGUAUUUUACUUUAAUAAUGUUAAGGGCUAAAUAAUCUCCACAAACUGUCGAACCCUUAAUACUUGAACCUCCUAAAGGACCUAAGAUUCAUUAGUAAAAAUUAGCUAUAUACACACCUGAUGAGGUCAUUCUAGAGGAAUCUGAAACCGAUGAAAAGCAACGAUCAAAUUAAAUUCCUAGAAUCCCAUGCCAAAAAGCAUUAAUUGAGCACGUAAAUAGUAUUAUAAAAUUAUAGAAUGUUAGAAUACGUAGUCAAAGUGAGAAUUUAGGUUUUUCUGUAUUUAGAUUCCUUUAGUAAAAGAAAAAAGGCUGA